AUGAUUCGCGGUGCCCGCUACGAAACACAACAUGGCCCCUUCUGCCUGAUUGGCUUAAAUGUGACAAAGCACCACAAAAGCGGCAAGUUCUGGAAGAUUGCGUUUCAGUGUGUUCCGCAGAGAGAGGCUCCGAAGGAGCCCCGUCUUCUCUGUGCGUGUCCUUCCUCGGUUUUUCGUCGAUCGCUUUCUUCGUUGCCGCCGAAGAGAGAGGCGACUGUCGCCUCCGGAGAAAAGGAAACGGGCGCACCUUCUCGCCCCGAAAAUGGAGCCUCAGCUGUCUCCGACGGAACCCGCCCCUCAGAGACAGGCGCUGCAGCCGCUCUGGAGGCUGCCUGGCGAGCCUCUGCCCAUCAAGUCGAGGAGCGGUUUAAAGAGGCACUCGGUGAAGUUCGCAGGACCGUCUUGCGCCACAUCGCCGGUCUCGGUCUCCCUCCCUCCCUCUCUGCCCGAGUUCUGAGCUACUACGCGCGGCUUCUGGACUACACGUGCACCGGUGGAAAAUUAACGCGUGGCAUCCUUGUCCUCUACGCUGCUGCCGCUGCCUCCCACGCACCUCUCAUCCCUCCCUUUCCUUCGCCUUCGUCGUGUUCUUCCCCUUCUUCCUGCUCUCCCCCUUCUUGUUCUCCCCCUUCUUCUUGUUCUUCCCCGUCUCCCCCUUCUUCCUGUUCUUCUUCUCCCUCUGCCCCCGCUUCCUCUCCCACAGAGGAUUCGACUUUCCCUCCGCUGUCAGCAGCUCUUCCGCCGUCGUCCUUUCGAUCUCUCGUCGCUCUCGGCUGGUGCGUCGAACUCCUGCAGUCCUGUUUCUUGGUGAUGGACGAUGUGAUGGAUCAUUCUAUCACUCGCCGAGGCAAACCUUGCUGGUACCAAUGUGAAGGCAUUGGCGUGAGCAACGCAGUGAACGACUCUCUCGUUCUCGAAGCUGCGGUGUACAGAAUCCUUCGCGAGUACCUCGGGGACCAUCCGGCGUACGCGUCGUUCCAAGAUCUCCUCCUGGGCAGCACGUUCACCACGCUCAUUGGUCAGCACUUAGAUUCUGAGGAUGCGCUCGCAGCGCUCGCAGAGGCUUCUCAAAAUGACCAUUUCCAGAGCGACAAAAACAGUGAGCGGCGCUCCGCCUCUCGCGCGUCUCGCUCUUCUCUCUCUCCCUCGGCGGAGGUUCUCGCGCAGAGCCUCGCAGAUCGACAGGCAACGGCGGCGCGACUGAAAACGAGUCAUUACUCUUUCUACUUGCCGACUGCUCUGGGAAUGACGUACGGCGGCUUGACCGACCCCGCGCUCAUGGCCCAUGCGAAGGAAAUCUGUUUUGCAAUUGGAGAGUACUUUCAGGUCCAAGAUGACUACCUCGACUGCUUUAGUGAUCCCAAAAUCUCGGGCAAAGUCGGGAGUGACAUUCAAGAAAGAAAAUGCUCCUGGUUGUUCGUCCAGGCAGUGAGGCGAGCUCGCCGCGAGGAUCUCGCAGUGCUGCUUCAGGUGUAUGGAAAGCCUGAACACGUUGAUUGGGUGAAAGGUCUCUACCGCCGAUUAGAUUUAUCAUCGGUGUAUUGCCAAUACGAGGAAGAAACACUAGCAAAGCUAAAAGGGAUGGUUUAUGCCUUCCCUCAUGACGGCAUGCGAGCGUUCUUUGGCCUCGUCCUGGGGAAGCUCCACAGACGCCAGAAAUAG